CCCAGAUUCAUGCGAUAUUCACAGCUGUCCAUGUUUCUGGGCAUCACGUCUUUCGGAGGAAUCAUUGAAGAUUGUGCCGCUCUCCUGGGUAACGAGUGUCCAUACUCCAUUCUUCAUGCGGACCAAUUCCCAUUGACAAUUUUGCCGUCAAUCUCACCUUGUGACUUUCACAAUCUAAACAGGUACAUUUGUCCCCUCUGAUGCACCAGACUUCUGAGCUUUGUUUAAUCACCAGACUUCUGAGCUUUGUUUAAUCGCAUCAUUGGGGUUUAUGCUGAUGCUCAUCUCACAUGAUAUAAUAUGAACUGGAUUGUCGCCAUCCAGCAUGUGGACUUGAGAAUUUUUAAUCUUACUCAAAAACCACCACAUGGUUGUCUUGUUGAACCCAAUUCUUGGUCAAUGCCUGCCUCCAUGAAGGCCAAGUUGUAGUCCACCAUUUCUGUCUCCUGAGCAAUCUCACACCUCCUUCCUCCUCUCUGAGGUGCCAUGAGGUCGUCGACGGUGACAAGGACGGUGUUGGUCGCCGCCGUGCUACUUCUUGUCGUCGCCGUCCGGGAUGGCCGUUGCGCGCAAUUGUGCAUGGACUCUUCGUUCCCGAGGACGGUCAAUGGGUCCCUCUCCUUCUGCGGUUACAACGGCACCGCCUGCUGCAACGCAACGGACGACGCCGCUGUCCAGAGGCAGUUCGCGGCGAUGAACAUCUCCGGCACGCCGUGCGGCGACAUCGUCAAGAACAUCCUUUGUGCGAGAUGCAACCCGUACGCCGGCGAACUGUUCACCGUCACGACGAGCCCGCGGACGGUGCCGCUGCUAUGCAGCUCCACCGUCGUGUCGAGCCGGCUCAGCACCAAGCCCGCGGCGACGAACUACUGCGCGCAGGUGUGGGACACCUGCAAGGACGUGCGCAUCACGGGGUCGCCGUUCCAGCCGCCCAAGGGCGGCGCGCCGGCGCCGCGGCUCACCGACGUGUGGCAGUCCGUGAGCGACUUCUGCGGCGCUCUGGGCGGCACCGGCAAGACUCCCUGCUUCGACGGCGAGGGCGCGGCGUUCAACUCUAUCCGCCCCGCGCUGCCGCUGAACGGCAUGUGCCUGGAGCGGAUCGGCAACGGCUCUUACCUCAACAUGGCGGCGCACCCUGACGGCUCCAAUCGCGUGUUCCUGAGCAACCAGGCCGGCAAGGUGUUCCUCGCCACCGUGCCGGCGCAGGGCUCCGGCGAGAAGCUGCACCUGGACGUGGCGAACCCGUUCCUCGACAUCACCGACGAAGUCCACUUCGACAACGAGUUCGGCCUCCUGGGCCUCGCCUUCCACCCAGACUUCGCCACCAACGGACGGUUCUUCGUCUCCUACAGCUGCGACAAGACGCAGUCGGCGUCGUGCGCCGGCCGCUGCGCGUGCAACUCCGACAUCGGCUGCGACCCGGCCAAGCUCGGCGCCGACAACGGCGCGCAGCCGUGCCAGUACCAGAGCGUCAUCGCCGAGUACACCGCCAACGCCACCUCCGGCACGCCGGCGACGGCAACCGCGGCGAGACCGUCGGAGGUGAGGAGGAUCAUGACACUGGGGCUGCCGUUCACGACGCACCACGGCGGGCAGAUCCUCUUCAGCCCGGGGGACGGCUACAUGUACUUCAUGAUGGGCGACGGCGGCAACGUCGGCGACCCGUGGAACUUCGCCCAGAACAAGAAGACGCUGCUCGGCAAGAUCAUCCGAAUCGACGUCAACACCAUGACAACUGGCAACGCCACUUCUGGCUGGGGAAACUACGGCAUCCCCAAGGACAACCCCUUCUCCGUUGAUCCCAGGUUUGCUCCGGAGGUCUUCGCCCUCGGCUUCAAGAACCCGUGGCGGUGCAGCUUCGACUCCGGCAAGCCGUCCGACAUGUACUGCGCCGACGUUGGCCAGGCGGUGUACGAGGAGGUGGACCUGGUGAUCAAGGGCGGCAACUACGGGUGGCGCGUGUUCGAGGGCACCCAGCCAUACACGCCGCUGUCCAGCCCCGGCGGCAACACCUCCGCCGACUCCAUCAACGCCAUCGGCCCCGUCAUGGGCUACACCCACAACUCCGUCAACAACAACGUCGGCUCCGCCUCCAUCACCGGCGGCUACGUCUACCGCUCCAUGACCGACCCCUGCCUCAACGGCAGGUACCUGUACGCCGACCUGUACGCCAAGUCGAUGUGGGCGGGGAUCGAGACGCCGGAGGACAGCGGCGUGUACAACGUAACGUCGCUGACAUUCAGCUGCUCCAAGAACUCGCCGAUCCCGUGCGACGUCGCGGCGGGGAGCGCGCUGCCGUCGCUGGGCUACAUCUUCUCCUUCGGCGAGGACAACGCCAAGGACGUGUACCUGCUCACCAGCAAGGGCGUGUACCGGGUGGUCGACCCCGCCGAGUGCAGCUACGCGUGCCCCAUCAAGAGCUCGGCCGGCGCGGGCUCGCCGCCGCCUGGCGCCGCGCCGAGCUCGACGUUCAGGGCGCACGCGCCAGCGCUGGCGACGCUGCUGGCGGGAGUGCUGCUCGCGUUGCUGAGUUUGAUGAGCGUUUGAGAAGUGUUGUCUUGAGUUGAGAAGGGUUUUGUUAAUUGUCAGGUGGUUGUGAUAAUAUGUAUGAUAAUUUUUUUAUAAUAAAAAUUUUAUUAACUCUC